AUGAAGCAGUACUUGUAUGUACGUCAGGGGAAUAUAAAUGACAAUUUGAAAGAUUUGAUCUUCGAAAAUCUUCUUGAGAAGGGGAAUGAGAUUAUAGAGCAUCUCCAAGAUAAGAACGGAAUUAAUGGUUCAGGAUCUAGAAGUCGAGACGCGAGUGAAGAGGUCAACAGAUUUUUUCAAAAAACAAAACAAAAACAUGUUUAUGGUAUUGAAAGGGAAAAUCGAAUGAAAUUGCUCGAAAUGAAGCAGGCGGAGUUGGACGAUGCCAUAGCAAUCCCUAUUGGUACUAGGCCAACAAUUCCUGGAGCAUAUGGAAGUAGCAAGCAACUGGAACCUCCAUUUCCAUUCUCUAAGCUAGAUGAGCUUGAACUAUGGCGAGCUAUUAUCAUGAGGGGUGCUAUUCACCAAAUCAAAUGA